ACAUGCGUUGAAAAUGCUCCGGUAAUACUCGACGCUGCAUUGUAAUUAUGUAACCUGAAGAGGCGCAGAGACGAUCUUUGAAGAAGCAGGACUUUCUGCAUCUGCAAGUUGGCUGACAUGCUGCAUGUACCACCAGGGUGCGAGUAGAAGAGAUAUAGGUUGUAAAGAGUGAGGGGGGUAUUUAGAGAGAGGAGGCACAUACCCUGCAAGAGGAGCUGGCAGAACAUUUGAUCCGGGCUGGUGCUGCUGAGAUGGACCCUCCACGCUCUUUAAAAUAACCUGUUUGCCUUGCAGUUAUAUUCAUUUAUUUUUAUUUUUUUUGCACAAGUCCAAUAGUUGUGCUAUGGCUUGGCCGUGCAUUAGCAGAGUGUGCUGCCUGGCUCGGUUCUGGAACCAAUUGGACAAAUCGGACCUCACCGUGCCGCUCACCAUCCAGAACUACUCGGACAUCUCCGAGCAGGACGUGCGCUCCGUCACCCAGCAGCUCGCGUCCUCGGAGGUCAACUACACCCCGGGUCCCGGUGCCGAGGGGCCGGUGACGGGAGGGUGUUUCCGGCCACGGAGGGAGGCCGGUCACAAGCCCCCGGAGGACGAGCAGCCUGCGCGGGUGCCUUUCCCGAGCGUCACGCAGUACAAGCAGGACUUCAAACCCUGGCCCAUACCGAAGAAGGGGGACUUCCCCUGGAUCAGUGAUGGGGGCAACCCGGGGAAGAAGCAGGAGGAGGGAAGGAGAAGCAGCUACAGACAAGAGUACAGGCCAUGGACCAGACCCAUCAAUAGCAGCAGAAAACCACCCCCAGCUCCAUAUUCCAACUCGAGGACCAACCAGGACUGUCCUCAUGUCCCAACUGAGACCAGCUAUCAGGCUGCCUACAGUGGGGAGGCCAACAAGUCGGUUCACAUGGCCAAGUCGCAAGUUGGCCCCGCCCACAACCACAGCCCUCUAAUCCUGCAUAACAUCCAGCAUAAGAAUGGGGAGCUCAGCACAUCAACAAAGCAUCAGACGGAGCCGAUGAGCCGACAGCAGGCUAGGACAAACAGCGGUCCUGCCCAAGAUGGCAGCCAGGAGGCGGGGCAUGCAGCGGAGCGGAGAGGCGGGGCACGCCUGGAGCAACACUGCAGCCAUCAGAGUCAGGAACAUCUGGUUAGGACCAAGCUGCCACCAAACCCUUCUGCUGUCUUUCAAAGUGGACCGCGAGCCUUUUAGCAAGCGAGUGGCACCAGGCGAGAUGGUCUUCACACCAGAAUCUAUGCAAGCUGGUCCCUGCAGAGCUGAGAGGAUGACAUGACAUCGACCCCACAGGAGGCGCCCCCACACCCCUUUGGCCUGCCUCCCCGCUUUGCUUCAGUUACUCUAGAAAUGAAUAUGCAUGUCAUGGAACUAGCGUGUUAUGCUGCUACACAAGACAAUGUGUCAUUUAUUUCCUCUAAAGUCAUGUUGCUUGAAAUGAAACUUUUUCUUAGUCUCAGCAGUUUAAUAUGCUUACAUUCAUUUAUUUAGAAAGUAUUAGUUUGUAAAUCAUUAUACUGUAGUGAGAGGAAAAUGUCAAAAGGGUUAAUGCAAUUAUGAAAUAAAAUUAUUAGGUCUUCUAAGCGCUUUUCCUG